AUGAAAGAAUGGAAUAAGUUAUUUCCGAAUAAAGAAGGAUUCAUAGUAUUUUCGUUGUAUAUAAUCCUUUUUGUAUUUCAAGGAGUUUUUAUAACAGCAUCUAAAACAGAAAAUGGAGUUUAUGACUAUAAUACAACACUUGUUGUAUUUUUAUCUGAAUUACUAAAAUUGUUGAUAUCUGGAUUUUUAUAUACUUGCAAACAGGGGAAUAAGCCAAAUUUAUUUAAAGCUAUUGCUUUGAAUUAUAGACUACUAUUGUAUUACUUUAUACCAUCACUUUUAUACUGUUUUUAUAACAACCUGGCAUUUAUAAACUUGUCCCAUUACGAUCCCACAUCAUAUUAUAUUUUACUUCAGUUUCGAGUUGUUUUAACAGCAUUAAUAUUCCAGUUCCUGUUCAAAAGGAAGCUUACAUUUUUCCAAUGGAUUUCACUUGGGAUUCUUACAUUAGGUUGUGUGAUAAAAAAUUUUGAUGCUCAAACAGCACAGACGAAGGAAGAUACUGAAUUUUUCUCUCAAAUAUUUAACAUAUAUUUCUUAUCAAUAAAUUUUCAAAACUUUUGUUCAUGUUUGGCCGGAACUUACAAUGAAUAUUUGUUGAAAACCGUCGGCUCAGAUGUAGAUAUAUUCUUACAGAAUGUUUUCAUGUAUCUCGAUUCAGUUUUAUGCAAUUUCUUUAUUUUACUAUACAUGGGAGAGUUAGACGGCAUUUUUUAUGACUUUAAAUAUCUCGGUGAUAUAUUUGUUAUUUUAAUAACAGUGAAUAGCGCUGUUGUCGGUAUCGUUACCAGUUUCUUUCUGAAGAAUUUGAAUUCAAUUUUAAAAACAUAUGCCAGUGCUUUAGAACUAGUUAUAACCGCUAUUGUAUGUUACUUACUAUUUAAUAUCCUUAUCACGAAAUACACUGUGUUAUCAAUAUGCCUAGUCAGUAUUGCAGUUGCAAUGUACGUUAGGAAUCCCGUUAAUAAUGUUAACACGAAUAAAAACAAUUCUAUUGAUAAGAAACCUUUAUUACCAGUAACAGUAAAGUAA